CCGUUAUUCUGAAAGGUUAACAAAAAACAGAACAGACAUAUCGCGGUAUACUUGUGGGUUGUAGUAUCCUUUCCUGAACACAUGGCCCAAUUUAAAUACAGGAAGGGACUGGAACACGGCGGCUGUGUGUAAUGCUGACGCUACUGCAUGUGGAACAAAAUAAAAACUUCUAAAACCUUAACACAGAAGCUACACUUCAUUUUAACCUAAGCACACUGAGUAACUUUCUUUUAUUUUAGUUUUGUUUUUGUAAGAAACUAUUUUACAUUGUACUGUUAUUGUGUGCAACUAUUGUAAUGGUUACUUACCAGCAAGUUGGUUUGUGAUAUAAAAAAUAAAAACAUUGUACGCAUACUUUAUCUGAGGACACUGAAUGUUAACGUGUAUGAGACCCUCAUUGUAUUGGGGUUCCAGUGCAAUCUAUACAAUUGGAAGAACCGUUUUAAAACAACCAUCAAGCUGUGUCACGGUCAUUACUAACAAUUAUAUUACUCAAAUGCAGAAUGAAAAAGAUAGUAAAACAAACGGGACACACAAAAACAACGAUGCAGUUUCCGAAAACCAAGAAUUUUCUGAAAGCGAAAAGAAAAUAAUUCAAUUACACGAAGAUGCCUGCCAGGCUGGGCAACAGACAUAUAUAGACCCUGCAACUGGUUAUCUGGUGUUUACCCGAGAUGCCCACCUUCAGCGAGGGAAAUGCUGUGGUUCUGCAUGCAGACAUUGUCCGUAUGGACAAGUCAGUGUGAAGGAUCCAGCCAAAAAGAAGCAAUUUAAUUCGCUCUUUUACAUAUGAUGAUGGAGUUGCAUCUGAACUGAAUGCUUUCCACAUCUUACAACAAUAGAAGAAACAGUGAAGAAACCUGAAAUAAAGAUCAAUGACAAGCACUUUUAAAUUGUGACACUAUAAUAGUACUUAAUCAAAAGGCAUGCUGUGAUUUACAGUGCACGUUUCUUAAACACCCAAAAGUCAAAUACAUUCAUUAAAAAAAACUGUGUUUUAAAUAAAUGCAAUUGACUCUGCA